CCCUCGUCAUCAUUUUAACUGAUUAAAAAUGUUUUGAUAGAAACAUUCAGACUUUAGACUUUAAGUUUCAUUUCUUUGGAAGCUCAGCUCAGACCAGCUGAACCGGUCCCUUAUAUAGAGCUCAGAUAGGACAGGUCCUUACUCAGACCAGCUGAACCAGUCCCUUAUGUGGAGCUCAGAUCAGACAGGUCCUUACUCAGACCAGCUGUUUGUGUUUACUUCCUCUCAGACCGACACCGACAGGAUGGCCGAAUUGGAUCAGACCUGGAUCGACAUCUUUGAGAGUAAAACCAGUGAUCUUAGAGAAGGGGACUCUUGGUGUCUGGAGUUUGAUAAAAGUCUGGAUCCGGAAAGACCAGACCCAGGCUGGCAGAAGUACAUCAGGAACACAAGCGCCAGGUUCAGGUGCAGCAAGUGUGGAAGAACCUGGCCGUCCAACCAGGUGAAGGUGGUCUUCCACAUGCAGCUGAGAGAGGGGCGGGGCGUCGUCAAGGUGAGGUGUUUCCGUCAGAACUGCAAGAAGUGUCACGGCGCCCCGAUGGAGAAGCCCCAAAUCGAUUCGGAGAACAUCGACAUCCUCCUGGAGAACCUGGUGAAGAAGAUCAGGAUCAAAUGCUACCAUGAAGACAUGGGCCCGUCAGAACGCCGGUUUGAACACGUAGAGGUCAACAAUCCCCACGAGCCGAGCCACUGUGAGGCCUGUCUGAUGGGCAUCUGUAAACAAGGGAUGUGAGCCAAACCUCCCUUUAAGUGAAUGAAACUUUAAACAUGUUCAGAAAUGUCUGAUUUUAGUUUAUUGUUCAUUUAUAAAGAAGGUUUUGUCUCUGGACGUUCGGUGUUAGACCGGAUCUGAUGCAGUCAGUGUCUGUAAGGUAUGUUAGCUCACAGGCGUUCAACAAUCCUCUGAGAUUCAAAUAAAAAGCUUUCAAAAGUCAAAA